AUGGCUGCUUAUCAUGAUCAUCCAACAAGUGGACAUUUUGGCAUAAGAAGGACGUCGCAUAAAUUAAAAGAUCGAUAUGUCUGGCCCAAUAUGAUGUCAACAAUCGAAAAUUAUAUUAAGUCAUGUGAAAAAUGUGCCAAAUUUAACAUCCGAAGAACCAAAGCACCAAGUAAAUUACACCCUAUCACACCACCCGAGGGUAUAUUCGAAACAAUUGGAAUGGAUUUUGAGGGUCCAACACCUUAUCCAUCAGCUGAAGGAAACAGGUAUGUGUUGGUAGUAACGGAUUAUUUAUCAAAAGAUGUCAUAGCCAAAGCCAUGCCAAACAACAGCAUAAUUCAUCGUCGAAGAUGUUAUAUUGAAAUAUGGUGUACCCAGAAAAUUAAUUACAGAUCAAGGAUCACACUUUAA